GGGGCCCAGGGUCCGGGGCGAGGGAGCGGAGGAGCGACGCUGAGGUGGGGGCCGCGUCCGGGGGCCGGGCCAGAGCUGCCGAGCAGGAUGUUCCUGGUCGGUCUGUCCGGUGGAAUUGCUUCAGGAAAAAGCACAGUAGUGGCAGUAUUCCGGGAACUGGGCUGUGCAGUGAUUGAUGCCGAUGUUAUUGCCAGACAGGGUUAGUUUUGCAUUGUUGGUCUCUUUUCUCAUAUUUCCCUGACAAUCUGGAGUCAAUUGCUGAUGGUGCUUUGGAGUUUAGACAGCAGAGGGUGCUCUGUGUUCAGUCAAUAACUGUUACCUUUUGCUUCCCCAGUUUAAGACAAGAUAUGUGUGGACUGGCUGCCUUGAGGAUUGGAAACAGGAUACAUUAUUCAUCAAAAGUCCCAUCUUAAUGACCCACACUGCAAAGAGAUUUCACUCUGGGUGUUGUACUCCUAGAACAUAGUGCAGUGAACACUGCUUUGUAGAGCAGCUGUCUGUAAAGGAGCAUAACAAAGUUCUCUUUGCAAAUCUGUGACUCUCCCUUCCUCCAGCCACCACCAAAUUUACCAUGACGCAACUCUUUGUCUGUCAGGGGCUGUUGGUGGAGCUUCAGUGACCGGUGAAUGUCGCCAAUACCCCAGAAGAGCAUUUCAGCCUUCAUUCAUACAUGUUUGGUGGGUGCUUUUUUGUUAAGAUUAAUUGCCACCCUUAAAUCUCUCUGGCCACUAAGUAAAAGAUUUAAGGGUGGCAAUUCUGCAACAGAAAAGCUUCAAAAACAGACUCCACCGAGAAACUGCUGAGCUUGAAUUAAUCUGCAAACUAGAUCCCAUUAACUUGGGUUUGAAUAGAGACAGGAGUGGCUGGGUCAUUCCACAUAUUGAAUCUAUUUCCCCAUGUUACGUAUCCUCACACCACCUUGUCAACUGUCUAAAUGGGCCACCUUGAUUAUCGCUACAGACGUGUUUUUUUUUUCUUCUGCCGAUAAUAGCUCAUCUUAACUAAUUAUCCUUUCACAGUUUGUUUGGCAGCUUCUGUAUAUGUGUGUAUAUAUGUGUAUCUAAUCUAUAUCUUCUUGCUAUAUGUUCCAUUCUAUGCAUCCAACGAAGUAGGCUGUAGCCCAUGAAAGCUUAUGCUCUAAUAAAUUUGUUAGCCUCUAAGGUGUCACAAGUCCUCCUUUUCUUUUUGAGAAUAUACAUUAAUUUUUUUACACUUCAUUUUAUCCCCAGCCUUCUCCCAGUUACUCUUUUUUUUAUUAGUAUAUCCUCUGGGUAGCAAUUUUGAUGACUUUUUAAAAUGACAUACUUUUCCUUACAUCACGCUAGUCUAUAAUAAGCUGCAAACAGCUCUUGAGAAUUGGCCUCCUACAGGCUUUCAUGUGCAAUUUAUCACAAAGAAUCUCACGUAUUCUAUAGAAGCCCUUAUGGCUUGAUUCUGAUGAUAUUGGAAACCUUAAGCCUAUUAAUAUUCAGUCCUCUUUGAUAUUUAGUAACCUCCUACUCCCUUGUGGGAGCCCAGCUACACUAUUCAUCCAGCCCAAGAGUUUUCAGUUAGAACAAGCCGAAUAUUUGUGCCUGUCUUCUAAAAUCUCCCUACUCUGUGCCCAACUGGAAUUGAACAAAAUCUAUGGCAGUCAUACGUGCGCUCUCAAGGCAGCAGUGUGCAAACUUUUCCAGUCGUGCCCCCCUUUAUCGCUAACCAAAUCCAUCCCCACUUCCCAUUACUGCACAGCCAAGGCUUCUUCAGCAGCGGGCAGUUUCUAUCUUGCAGCCAGGCGGCAGCACUAGGGCAGGGCCAAUACAUGUCCCUCUGCCCCUCCUCCCUCAGAUUUUCAGGGUUGGGGAAGGCACGUGCAACUGUCUCUGGGGCAGAGUUAGCGCUGGGCACGAAGGCAGAUAUUGGUGUGGCAAGCUGACCUACAGGCUGGGUGGCCUGCUGAGGUGGCGCUCCCUUCCUACCCUCCUUGGGGCUGGCCUGAGCCACCUGGCAUUGCUGCUCCCCGCCCCCCAGUGUUCUAGGGGCAUGAGUGUAGAAAGCACCACUGUCUUAAGGCAUGCGUGUAGAAAGGUCCUUCAAAAUGUAAACUGUGGCCCUUGAUAACUAUACAUUAUAAAGGUUUUCAUACAACUCUGCUCACUGCAGUGUUUUCCCUUUUCAGAAGGAACCAACUGAAAUAACAUGUAUUAGUACUGAGUGCUCCGAGUGGUUCAGUUAGAAACAUGGCCUCUCCAAUAGAGAAUCCUCUGAGACCUAGUUGCUGGAGAGUGACGAAUUCAUGAUGAUUCUGCAGGUCUUUUCCCAGCUUGGCUACUGACUUGCUGUGUAACCUGGGGCAAGUCCUUUCUCCCAGUUUACUGAUCUAUAAAAUUGAGAUAAUGCUUCCUCUUAGGAGAAUGAUGACGCUAAUUAAUGUUUGCAAAGUAAUUUGAUCUCUUGGGUGCCUGGCACUGUAGAAAUUUAAGUGUUAUUAGAACAAAAGUUUAGCAAAUUUGUUUCUGCAGCACUAGAUUCAAAGUUGGUUCUCCUGUAGAUUUUAGACCCCUAGGAUGAGGUGUUCCACAGCCCUGCUUCAGUGUUUGCUGGUCAAUAGAUGCGUUCUCCCUUGAACGGAAUAGACCUCAGUUGUUCAGUAAAUGAGAUUCAUUUUAGACCCUUCACUGAUGUAAGCACUUCCUGUUAUGCAGAAUUGGCACUAACUUCCAGCUGUUUAUUUUUAUCAGUGGUUCAGCCCCGCUUCUUAGCCUAUCAGCAGAUAGUGCAUUACUUUGGAAGUGAAAUCCUCUUGGAGAGUGGGGAGAUAAACCGGGAGGCUCUGGGAAACAUUAUCUUCUCCCACCCGGAAAAACGGCAGCUGCUGAACUCCAUCACUCACCCUAAGAUCCAGAAAGAGAUGCUGAAACAGAUCUUUAAAUACUUUGUGUUAGGCUACCGCUAUGUGAUUCUGGACAUUCCUCUGUUGUUUGAGACCAACACAGUAACCAAGUUCAUGAAACACACAGUGCUGGUUUACAGUGAUCCACAGACACAGCUGUCACGACUGAUGAAGAGGAAUGGUCUGGCCCAGACAGAGGCAGAAGCGCGCAUUGCCUCCCAGCUGCCGCUUGAUGAGAAGUGCAAAUUAGCUGACCAUGUGAUUGACAACUCCGGGGACUGGGAGAGCACGCGGAGGCAGGUUCUGAGACUGCACUCUCAGCUGGAGGACUCUAUGGAUUUCCUCUUGGUGCGCUUAGUGGCAGUCACAGCAGUUGCUGGAAUUGGUGGGCUGGUGUGCUUUCUCCUCAGGCAUUUUCUCCCUUAAUUCACUUUUUUUUUUUAAAGGGACCAAAACUGCCUGGAAUUUCCAAGUUUACAAAGGGCAGUGAAAUGUCACGAGCCUUAAUGGCUUUGCCGUCUGAAUACAGACGACAAGAUGAGCAGAGUCUCCUUGUUAACUUCUCAAGGUGAAGCAUGGAUUCCUUGCCAAUGCACUGACUCGGCUUCUUUCUUUUAACUUUUUAGUCCUGUUAUUAAUUGUCAGCAACUGCUGCAGGAGAGGGUGAGGGGUAGCUGUAAUAGAUGGAGGUCCUCAGACAUUUGGGUAUGAAGUAAUUACACUGUUAAGAUGGACAUAUUAAAAACCAUGUUUUAGGCCAACUCAUUGAAGUGCUAGUCUACAGGUGAAAGGAAUCUUUCUGUCAAUUUAACCCCAGAUGGAAUAUGAUUACUUAAAGUGUCUAAUGGCAGUCUGGUCCAGGAGUGGGGAUCUGGACUAUGAGGUUCUCUUCCCCCGACUUCCCAGCAUCCUCAGCUCCCAAGAGCUGGCCCUAAAUGAUUCACUUUGACUCUAGACAAGUCAUUUCACUUCUGUUUCCUGGUUGUGAGGUUUAAUUAAUGUUUGCAAAGUACCUUAAACCCCACCAAUGCAGGGCAUUGUAAAAUUGCAAGAGUUACUAUAAAAUGUCUGUCUCAUGC